CUGGCUUCUCCCUUUUCUCUCUCGUGUGUUGGGUAGGCUUAUCAUCGCGACCAGCUCGGAAAUGGAGUUUCGAGCCUUGCGGACGGGUGCGAACAAAGCAUUUCCUGUCGGUUCGGUCUCUCCACGCCUCUAAGCCCGUGUUGGAUUAGAUCUGAUUUGCUCCUGCCACUUGAGCUGAGGACCAUUUACAAGAGUAACUUCAUGAAAUGGUCAGUCUUUCAUCAACAUUGGUGGAAACUGUCUCCAUCAACUAUGAUGACUUCAAUGAGAGCUUCCUCACAUGUGGCACAUGCUUAUGCGGUGGGAACAAUAAUCCCAGCGGACAGAUGAGCUUCCGCUGCCCGAUCUGUCGAGAGAGCAUCCCUCUGCCCCGUGGUGGAGUUUCUGCCCUGCGGCCAAAUUUCCUCGUGAAUCAACUUCUAGACCUCAUGGCACAGCAGAGGAGGGAGGUAGUGCCCAAGUGCUCCCUUCAUGCCACUGAGGAGUUGUUGUUCUGUGAGACAUGUGAUGUGGUAUUCUGCCCGCACUGUAUGGGGUCGAGCCACUCGCAAGGGAUGAGUGAUGAGACCUGUGAGGAGCACACAGUGAUCCCCUUUUCCAUCGCCAUGAAACGCAUGUCUGAGAUCCUCCUCUACAAAGCCAAGGAGUGCAUAAACAAGUUGAACCAAGCAAACGAGAGUGUAAGCUUGGAGAUUAAUCGACUAGAUAGGAAUGUGGAGAGGGCAAAAGAGGCUGUGGAGCAGUCUUUCCAGGCCCUGCUGGAUGUGAUAGAGGUGCGACGCUCCACCGUCCUGCGCGACUUGGAUGCCGUCCAUCAGACCAAGAGGAAAGUCCUCCAGGAACAACUGGAUGUGAUCAACUCAGAAAAGUCCAAGGUGGAAUCUGAGAUGGAGGGCCUCCAGUACCAAGUAGAGGUGCGAAACAUGACCCACAAGAUUUCUGACCUGACUUCUCGACUGGACUCGCUGACCCCACUGGGGGAACCCCAUGAGAACUCUUUCCUCUGUUUUGAGGGGGAUACAGAGAAGACGUUGAAGGCUGUCCGGGAAGCUGUGGAAUGCCAUGGGAGCACACGCACAUCCACCACAUUCCCUCCGUUGUGCAAAGUUGCUGUGGAUGCAUCCACCGUCCACCUGGAGUGUAAGGCCAUCAUAACGACGGUGGAUUACCACGGGAUGCCUCGAAGCAACGGGAACGACCCGGUGAUCGUACGCGUGACGACCGAGUGCGGCCAACACGUCCCUUCGACGCUGACCGACGAACACGACGGGACGUACUCUGUCGUCUUCAAGCCGGACAAGGCGGAACGGCAUCAGAUAGAGGUUCUCAUCUUUGGCCGUCCUAUUCGAAAUUCUCCAUGUGUGGUCGAGGUGAGCUCAGAGCACAACCCAGUGAUGAGUUACGGGUCACGUGGUUCUGGCAGCAAUCAGUUCAUGCAGCCAGUUGCAGCUGCAUCAGACAGCCAGAACGUGGUCUACGUCCUGGAUACGGGCAAUUGUCGUAUCAAGAUGCUCUCUGGCGAGGAUUUCAACUUCAUAGGACACAUUGAAGGCGAUGGACUGGAGGGCAAAAGUGCUACUGGAAUUGCCUUAUCUCCCAAUAACAACCUGGUUCUCGUGAAUUGGCGUUCAAAGAUGGUGACAGAACUGUCUCCUUUAGGGAACAAAAUAGGCCAAUUCACGCAUGAGGUGAUGGAGGAGCCGAUUGCAUUGGCUGUGAACAGCCUUGGUCAGGUCCUGGUUGCUGACAAUGGUGCAGGGAUGGUGUUUCUCUUCGAUCUGAAUGGGAAGCUCUUGAAGCGCAUUGGAAAGAAGGGCCAGUUCAAGUUCCUCUCUGCUGUGGCAGUGGGUCCCAACGAUGACAUCCUCAUUGCAGCUGAUUCGCGCAUUCAUGUAUAUGAUGCCAAGGGUGACUUCUUGAGAGAUAUCCAGGUUGAAGGACGAGAUCCGACCAAGUUUGGCUUCUUGGCUGAUGAGGUGGUUGAGUUCUUGAAUUUCUACUGGUAUACUUUGAGGCAGAGGGUGUUUAUGUUCAAUCCCAGGAGACUUAGGAUGGUUCAGUUGCUAGCAAACAUGGAUUCCAAGACAGGGAUUUAG